AUGGUACGAAAUUCACCUAAUUCCAAGCGAUUUAGUCACAGCGUGUCCAACUAUACCACACUGUGGCUGGAGGAGGCUCUGGGUUGGCUUUACGUUGGAGCACGAGGAGCCAUUUUUGCCCUCAACAUAAGCAACAUCAACGACAGCUCCGCGAAAACGAUAAACUGGGAAGUGCUGCCAGCAAAAAGAAUCGAUUGCCUGGAGAAGCGAGGUUAUACUGAGACUGACUGUUUUAACUAUGUCCGCUUUCUGCAAAGAUUCAAUGGGACUCACUUAUAUACCUGUGGGACAUAUGCAUUUCAUCCUCGCUGUGCUUAUGUCGAGAUUGAGAAUUUUACAUUGUCACCUACCUUUGAGGGGAAAGAGAGAUGUCCUUAUGACCCCACAGUUGGAUACACAGGUCUCAUUGUAGACAAUAACAUCUAUACUGCCACGCUGUAUGGAUUCCAUGGCGCACAGGCAGAUAUAAAGAGGAACUUCCAAAAACGCUCCCUCAGAAUGGAUGAUUCUCUCCCUUACUCACUGAACGAUGUAACCUUUAUUGAUUCGGUCUUGGUGACGGAAAGUGUCAACAGCUCGGUGGGAGAUGACGACAAGAUUUACUUCUUUUUCACGGAGAAACUGAGCGAAGAGAAUGCAUUUGACGGGAAGCCAUUGGUCACGAGAGUGGCUCGUGUCUGUAAGAGAAAGAAGCUGUACACAGUCACAGGACAGUACGCAAUUAACAUGCCCACAACCACCGAUGCACACUGUCAGCCAAGUAUACCGCUUACAAAAUCUACUGUGGCAGCUGGUCAACGCUUAAUCCCAAAUCCACCACCUCUACCAACGAGACAGACAGAGGCAGUAGAAACAUGGAAGCAGGAAGUUCCCCACCAAGCCACGCACCAUCUUGAUUUGGAACAAUAUCGCUGUUCCUCCAGUGUCGUUGGGUCAAUACCAUUGGGCUUACUGUACAAUGGAUGCACCUACACAACAAGGACUGUGGCAGAUCAAGAAGGUGGUUUACCACUACCUUGGCAAGUGGGAUGGGAAAUGGAUGCUAUCAAAGCCAGCAAUGCCCGCAACAGUUCACAAUUGGAUGAUGCCUACGUAAAGCAAAUACGCUGA